CUCAUUUAAUGGAUUCCAGCGGAACAUACAUGAUUAUUGAAAAUGUUGUGACUCCUGUGUCAGAUGAUAGUAAUGAAACCCUCUCACUGUGUUCUCAGACAACUGCAGAUCAUUUGCAUUAUUUGAAAGAUCUGACUGAAACUUGGCACGGACCAGUAUCGGUAACAGUUUUCACACAUGGUCAUGAAGCAGCAUUUGCUCUGUAUUCGAUAGCAUACAUGCAUACAUGUUUUGAAAAAGUACAAACGUCAGUGAGAUUUCAUGUUGCAUAUCCAAUAUCACAUCCUCCUAUCAAUUUAAAAACAGUCAUAAAUAUGGAAAUGCAUUGUGAUAAUUUUGAAAGUUUAAUUAACGAGAAUAACAUAAAUUAUGAAAAUGAGAUUCCCUACCCACAUAAUGUAUUGCGCAAUAUUGCUGUGUCAUCUGCAUCAACUCCAUAUAUAUUAGUGAUAGACAUAGAUAUGAUUCCUUCCCAAGAUCUCAAUGAAACUUUCUCGCAAUUUAUAAGCAGGCAAUCGAUAUCUGAAAUAAAGGGAGAUAAAAAUAAGGUUGAACAGACAGUGUAUGUUGUUCCUGCAUUUGAAUCUCAAGGUGAUCAUAAAACAUUUGACAAACAGUCACUCUUAAAGGAAUGGGACUUCCAAAAUGUCCGUCCGUUUUAUAAAAAUGUUUGUUGGAAAUGUCAAAAGGUGACUGACUAUGAUAAAUGGCGAGGAUUACCCAACUUGCCAUUCUUGGAUGUAGGGUAUAUAUUGGAAUGGGAAGAUCCGUGGGAGCCAUUCUACAUUGCAAGGAGGAAGGAUCUACCACCGUAUGAUGGGAGAUUUAAACAGUAUGGAUUUAACAGAAUAAGCCAGGUUUGUGAACUGCAUAUUGCUGGGUACCAGUUUGCUGUGUUGAAUAAUGCAUUCUUGGUGCACAGAGGAUUUAAGGAACCAGCCAGUUUCCAUGCAAAGAAAGAUGCAGAGAAUAGCAGAAAUAGAGAAUUGUUUCGAACUUUCAAAGAAAAUCUUAAAGAACGUUAUCCCAAGUCUGCCAGGCAGUGUUGAAUAUCCAAAGUCGAAGUCGACCAGACAUUACCAUUAAUCAGUGUUGAAUAUGUAUAUUAAUCAGCCUCUAUAGAGCAAAUGGACAGCUGUAAAUAGUUUGUAACAAAGAAACUGCUGCUGUGUCAAGGAUGAUGUGUUAAGAAAAUAUGUCUGAUUGGGAAGAAAAUUUCAUCCAUUGUUGUCAGCUGUUGGUCCUAAACAAAGGUUGUAUUGUAAUUUCUAGUCAUUGACUGCUAAUUUAUUUACAUAUGCACAGUGUUGCUGAAAUAUUUGGUAAAAGUUAGUAUUUAUUAGUAAGCAUUUAUCAAAUUAAAUUGGUUUGGUGCAGCGCAGCCGCGCAACCAGUUUUAUUUGAUAAA